AUGUCGUUGUGGGUACAUAAAUAUAUGCCAAAGAGUUUGGACACUCUUGACUAUCAUGAUGGAUUGUCCAAAUCAUUAAAAUCGCUAGCAGCCAGCGGAGAAUUCCCUCAUAUGCUGAUGUAUGGUCCAUCAGGUGCUGGCAAGAAAACGCGUGUCAUGGCUGUAUUAAGAGAAUUAUACGGUCCAGGUGUAUCGAAAAUUAAGAUCGAUGGUAGAGUCUUCCAAACAAACAGCAAGAAGGUGGAGUUUAAUAUCGUCUCGUCGGUACACCACCUGGAGAUCACUCCUAGUGAUAUGGGAAACAAUGACAGAGUAGUGAUCCAAGAUCUAUUAAAAGAAAUUGCCCAAACUCAGCAAGUUGACUUGUCUUCCAAACAGCGAUUUAAAGUCGUUGUUAUCAAUGAAGCAGACUCGUUAACCCGUGAUGCUCAAUCGGCUUUAAGACGUACUAUGGAGAAAUAUUCACCCAAUCUACGAUUGAUUCUACUAGCCACUUCGACUUCGAACAUUAUUGGCCCCAUCAAAUCGCGAACGUUACUCGUAAGAGUGGCAGCUCCCACCAAUCAAGAAAUUGCAAACGUAUUGAGCAAAGUGGCCAAGAAAGAAAAGGUCGACCUGCCAUCAUCUCCAGAUGACCUCCAGUAUCUUUGGGACAAGAUUGCCAGACAGUCACAAAGAAACCUCCGUAAGAGCUUGCUUAUUCUCGAAGCUAUGUAUGCACAAAAUGAUAAAAUCACACGAGACACGCCAGUGCCGCCUGCUGACUGGGAACUCGUUAUCUCUAAACUAGCCGACGAUACUAUUAAGAAGAGAUCAGUGGCCCAACUUCUACAAAUUCGUGGUACCCUAUAUGAACUCCUCACACACUGCAUUCCAGCUCCUGUUAUUCUCAAAAGUCUCACAUUCAGCCUUCUGAAAAAAGUGUCUCCUGAAGUAGGUGCCGACAUCAUCGAGGCCGCGGGUUUCUACGACCACCGUCUCCGCCAGGGUAGCAAGGCCAUUUUCCACCUCGAGGCCUAUGUUGCCCGAGUUAUGAACCUUCUCGAGACCUUUGACAUGACCCAUUAA